CCCCGCCUGUUCUAGAUCCCGCUAACUCGGUACAUAUAUUAUUAAAAUAUUUUUUUUUAAAAAAAAAAAUAAAAAUAAGGAAGGUUGGUAGCUUAUAUCCUCUCUUAUAAAUACCCUCGUUGGACGGUGAAGAUGGCUCCCAUUUUUCACAAAAUAAUAUCGCAAGGCGCUUUCGUUCUGCGCACCUGCGUCGUUUGGAAGCACAGAAUUUCCCAAUGGCCGCCGCCCAAGACCCGCCCGUCCUCCCCCUCGACGGCCGCGUGGCCAUCGUCACAGGUGCCUCCCGCGGCAUCGGCCGCGCCAUUGCCAUCCACCUCGCCUCCCUCGGCGCCCGCCUAGUCCUCAACUACGCCUCCUCCUCCCACGCCGACCUCCUCGCCACGGAGCUUAAUUCUUCCUGCUCCUCGUCCGCUCCUCGCACCGUCGCCGUCCGCGCCGACGUCUCCGACCCCGCCAACGUCAAAUCCCUCUUCGACCGGGCGGAGUCCUUCUUCGGCACCGCGGCCCACAUCCUCAUCGCGUGCGCCGGCGUGGUCGACUCCAAGUACCCCUCCCUCGCCGACACCGCCGUCGAGGACUGGGACGCCACCUUCUCCGUCAACGCCCGCGGCGUCUUCCUCUGCUGCCGCGAGGCAGCCAACCGACUCCAGCGGGGUGGCGGCGGGCGGAUCAUCACGGUGUCGUCGUCGCUGGUGGGGUCGCUGAGGCCGGGGUGCGCGGCGUACACGGCGUCGAAGGCAGCGGUGGAGGCGAUGACGAGGAUCUUGGCGAAGGAGCUGAAGGGAACGGGGAUCACGGCCAAUUGCGUGGCGCCAGGUCCGGUGGCGACGGAGCUCUUCUUCGCCGGGAAGAGCGAGGAGGCGGUGAGGAAGGUGGUGGAGGAGUGCCCGCUGGGGCGGCUGGGGGAGCCCAAGGAUAUCGCACCGGUCGUGGGCUUCCUCGCUACGGACGCCGCCGAGUGGGUUAACGGCCAGGUCAUCCGCGCGAACGGUGGCUACGUCUAGGUUAGCAUGGGGACUUCAUAACAUUGACAGUCUUCGCUCGACUUAUAAUUAUUAUUAUUAUUACUUUUGUUCCUCGUGCUGUGAUUUUUUAGUUGCUCUCUGUGGCGUGUUUACUCAUUUUUAGUCGGUAUUUAUUCCUUCGUCCUUUGAGACAUUA